AUGACCUACAGCCUCGUCUUCAACGUCGCCGGCGACUGCCGCUACGCAGGCCGAUCCGACGCCAUCGGCGCCGCGGCCUGCGUCAGGAACCGCCGCGCGCAAGGCUGGGACGUGGAGGAGAUGACGAUCCCGCCGCACCCGACCCCGACCCGCCGGCGCGCCAACCUGGCCGCCGUCAUCCUGGCGCUGUGCUGGGCCGUCGACACGUGCAAGACCCAGAAGGCAGUCCCCGCCGCGCGCCGCCACAAGGUGCUCAUCCGGUCCGACUCGCCCGCCACGGUCGCCGCCGUCGAGCGCUGGCUGUUCAGCGACGACAACGGCGACGACGCCGUCGGCCCCGCCGCCGACCGCGACCUGCUCUACCACGUCGGCCGGCUGCACCGCAUGCUCGGCGCGCUCGACUGCGUCACCCGCUACGCUGUCGUCGAGCGCGAGGCCAACGUGCUGGCCGCCGUCUUGGCCGCCGGCGCCCUCGACCGCGAGGACGAGGGGAGGCGGCGGCUCGCGCAGGCGCGGCUCGAGCGCGCACGCGAGGCGCUCGAGAAGAAGCUGGCCGAGGAGGGAAGGAACGAGGAGGCAGAGGCUCUCGAGAGGGACAUUGUUAAAGCCUUCGCUGAGAUGGAGGCGGGUGUCGCCGAGGGGAUAUAG